AAGACAUUAUUGUCAAUGGCGCCCCCUCGUGUUUCUUCGCAAGACUCAGAAUGCUGUGUCUCGGUACUUCUUCAUGACAGACGGGGAGGGGAGAGCAGAGAACUGUAAGCUCAGGAUCCAUCUUAAAGAGAAAAUAGGAAAGAGAAACCGCGUCUCAGGUCAAGUCUUUAGAAACUGUAUAUUUUCCGAGUUAUCCGUGUUAGGGAGCCCGAGGAGGGGGCUGUGUCAUCGUCUGUAGGAUGUCCCGACAUGAGGGUGUAAGCUGCGACGCAUGUUUAAAAGGGAACUUCAGAGGGCGCCGGUACAAGUGUUUAAUUUGCUACGAUUACGACCUGUGCGCGUCGUGCUACGAGAGCGGGGCCACCACGACGAGACACACGACAGAACACGCCAUGCAGUGUAUAUUAACCCGGGUAGACUUUGACCUGUAUUACGGCGGUGAGGCGUUCUCAGUAGAGCAGCCCCAGAGCUUUUCCUGUCCAUACUGUGGUAAAAUGGGCUACACAGAAACUUCUCUGCAGGAGCACGUCACUUCAGACCAUGCAGAGACAUCCACAGAGGUGAUCUGUCCGAUAUGUGCCGCGUUGCCUGGCGGGGACCCCAAUCACGUGACGGACGACUUUGCCGCUCAUCUCACACUUGAACACCGUGCACCUAGAGAUUUAGAUGAGUCCAGCGGCGUCCGCCACGUGCGUCGGAUGUUCCACCCUGGCCGCGGGCUGGGAGGUCCCAGGGCACGCAGGACCAACAUGCACUUUACCAGCAGCUCCACCGGGGGGCUGUCGUCCUCUCAGAGCACCUCGUACUCCCCCAGCAACAGGGAAGCAAUGGACCCCAUAGCAGAGCUGUUGUCUCAGCUGUCGGGAGUGCGGCGCUCGGCCGGCGGCCAGCUCAACUCGUCGGGUCCGUCCGCAUCUCAGCUCCAGCAGUUACAGAUGCAGCUGCAGUUGGAGCGCCAGCAGGCCCAGGCGGCCCGCCAGCAGCUGGAGACGGCCAGGAACGCCACGCGGCGCUCCAACCCGGGCGGCAAUGUCGGCGCCGCCAUCCCCCCGCCCAGCGCCGCUGGCAACUCCGCCGGCGUGGCCGAGAGCAACCCCAUGACCUCCCACAGCUCCCAGUUCCUCUCAAACAGGUUAAAUGAGCCCAAGAUGUCGGAGGCGGAACGACAGGCGCUGGAGGGUGAGCGAGCCGACCGUAGCCUGUUUGUCCAGGAGUUGCUACUGAGCACACUGAUGCGCGAAGAGAGCUCCUCCUCCGAUGAGGACGAGCGGCGAGACUUCGUCAGCUUCGGGGCCAUGGGCUGCGUGGAUAUCAUGCCUCUAGACGUAGCCCUGGAGAAUCUCAACCUCACCGAGAGCGGUACCGGUGGUUAUGGUAGCAGCUCCAGGAGCUCUAAGGAGCCUCCACCACCUCCUCUUUGAUGAUAUCCCAGCACCGUGCAGACUUUGUCCUCUGUGCUGCCACUGCCAGUGAUUGGUGGAAGGGGCAGGGCAGGCGGCUUUUAUUUUUUUUUUUAUUUUUUUUUUUUUUUUUUUUUGGUGAUUGUUAUUUCAGGUCUGUCACCUUUGUUACAUUGUACAACCAUACGAAAGGAGAGCAGGAGCGAUUGAGGUGGGGAAGUGCAAGUGGAUGAGUGCGCAGUGCAAGGGGAGCGAGAGAGUGAGAAAAAUAAAUAUAUAUAUCUAUAUAUAAAAAGUUGAUAAUCAAUUCCACAUAACUAAUUUUUUCCUUUAGCAGGUAAGCAUUGGGUAGCCAUGGCAAACCUCUGCUUCCUGUUGUCAUGCAAAAGGCUCUCCUUAUAAAUACUCCACAUUCAAAAACUGAAGAGGAACCAGACACCCUCUGAUGAAGCUGCUGUGUGUAUUUAUGACUUAUUAACAAAUAAAAAGUGCUUGGAUGGUUUACCAUUAAAACUACUGCAUGAGGUUCUUUGCAGCGUGCAUGACUUUUAAUGACCUUAUCGUCAUUAAAAAGGAAAAUAAAUAUCCCAAAGCCUUUUCUCUUAGUAUUUUCAAGGCUUACUUGAAACAUGAUCACGUUUUUCUGAUAAUUUGAACAUUGCAGAAACAGAUGUGCUGAAAAUAUUUAGGGCAUUUUUAAACCAAUAUAAUUAUUUUUAAUAGACCAAAAUGACAUUGGAAUCUAUGAUAAUUUCUAAAACGAUGCAAUGUGUUUGUCUCUCAGCUCUGGUCCUUCCAUCUUGGUGACUUUGUCUGAAAAUAACUUGCUGCGUUAAACUCAAGACGUCUGCAUUUCCUUGGUGCAGGGAUAGGCAAGCCUGUUCCUGGAAUACCACCGCUACAGCACGAUUCUGUCCCAGCCAGGCACCACAACAAGCCACGUCAUUCAUUUGUCAGUUCCUCACCUAAAUUCAUCCCAUCUCGUAUUUCAGGUCAAGGUACAUGAAAACAUGUACGUGUGCUUCUCUGGGACCAGGGUUGUCAUCGCCUGACAAUGGCAGAUCAAAACAAACUGAAUGAAUACUCUAGGAGCAGCACAUACGAGAUGUUGCCUCUGCCAUUGUUCCUAGAGUUUGAUGUUUUGGCCAUACUCUGUAUAACCACCAGUCUAGUGUCUCAUUUCUGCACCCUCUACUGAAGGACUGAUCUCCCAUUCUCAUCCAUAGCACUCCGCUCUUCUUCAGUGCUCUGCUCAUGUAGGCCUGGAGUUCCUCCCAGGUUCAUUUGUAUUUUGUUGUUGUUGAGGAGGGGGAGCUUGAGACUUUCCACAUUGCAGGCAUUUUUUGUUCGAUUUCUAAUCUGAACGCAUCUCUUUUUCUCUCGGCUAAGGAUAGCACCUUCUAUUUAUUAUUUUUGUUGUUUUUGUUUCUUAUUCGUUUAAGCCUUGUAAUGAAUCAUGCCACCUCCAUGCCUAUACUCUUAUCCUUUAUGUAAAAUACAAUGAGAUGUAUAUUGAAUUUGUGCGUUAACUUUCAUAAUGGUUCUAGGACAUGAGCAGACUUUGUUUUUUUUAAUGUAAAUUUAGAAUACGACAAUAAAAAAACUGCGCACAGCUUUUGAUGA